AUGGGAAAGGGGAAGACGGCAGCCAUGUUCAGCCAGUGGGAUGAGCUCAUCGUCCGGCUGGAUUGCCUGCUGGAGGCCAAACGAGGUGAGCUCAUGGAGAGCAACAUCACGGGGCUCAGCGACGCACAGGUGAUGAAGAGGAUCAGCCUGAAGGAGACGGCUCGGCACUGUCGUCACCGCACGCACGCGCAGGACGGAGGAGACCGAGCGUCUCAUCGGGGAGCUCCUGGAGACCUUCAGGGAUGCCACAGGCAGUCCAACCUCGGUAAGGACCCAGAUGUCCCAGACGGGACACCUACUCUAUUUGAGGGAGGAGGGGAGGAUGACCUGAGAGAGCUUGAGGAUGACCUGAGAGAGCUUGAGGAGGAGGAUGACCUGAGAGAGCUUGAGGAGGAUGACCCCACCAUGUCCUUGCCCGACCUCGAUGACUGUCUCCCACCAGUCCCUCCACUCAGGAAGGCCACUCCACCGCCCACUCAACCCAACCCAUCCCAGGUACCUGUCGUCACACCCCCUGAUGACACUGCACCAGCUGCCAGUCAGGACCCGGAGGAUGAUGAGAACAUAGGACCUGAUGGGGUUAGUGGAUACCAGCACGUGGUCCUCCUGGCCACUAGUCAGCCACUGCCACCUCUACCCAGUCUGUCUUCCACCUCCCUCCCUAUAACGCCAGUGCCCCAGACCUGCCCUCGACCUCCACUCCUUUUCCCCCUCCUGCUGGUGGACCCAAGGUCUCCAGGACCACCGAAUGGAGGAGGAGGAAGAAGCUGGAGUCUGGCAUUAAAGUCAGAGUGCACAAGCCAUAUGAAGGCUAUAAGUGCUCUAAAUGUGGCAAGCCUAAAACGUCUGAGUUUGGACACAUGGUUCUGUGAGAUUCUGUGCCGCUACCUCUGGUGGCCAAACUGUGGAGGAGUGGCUGGCACUCAUGAGGGCCCAGCAUGGUGCUAGCCAAGGCCAGUAAACUCUGACUGACUGGUGUGUACAUUGUAAAGUCGUUUUUUGUAAAUAUGUUCUUUGUUAUGACAUUCAUCGUUAAUCUCUUGUACAUUUAGCUCAUUUAAAAUCAUCUUAACUUGUACAGUCGGUGUAGGGGACCUUAUGCUGGGUUGUUUCACACAUGACAUUCCCUGUGAAAUACAUACAUGGAAUACAAGCACUUUCUCCCUUAAAUUCAUUUUGAUUUAUUGUCAUAUACUCAAAGUUCAACAAAUAA